GACCAAGGCGCGCAGGCGCGGUAAAGGCGCGACGUCUGGUCCCGGGCUACAGUGUCCGAGCUGCUGCGGCUGGAGAGGAGUGGCCAGGACUUCUCGGAUGUUAUAUCUGAAAACCUGACUUCAGUGUGGUUUCCAGGCAACAAUUGAAUAUCCACAUUUUCACCCCGUACUGGGUGGAGUUUUCUGAUUCAUCAUGGAUAAUCUGUCACACGAAGACAUUCAGCUGAGGGCUAACCAGCUCACUGAUGAGUCUCUGGAGAGUACGAGGAAAAUCCUGGGCUUAGCCAUUGAGUCUCAGGAUGCAGGAAUCCAAACCAUCACCAUGCUGGAUGAACAAGGGGAACAACUAAACCGCAUAGAAGAAGGCAUGGACCAAAUAAAUAAAGACAUGAGAGAGACAGAGAAGACUUUAACAGAACUCAACAAGUGCUGUGGCCUUUGUGUCUGUCCAUGUAACAGGACGAAGAAUUUUGAGUCUGGCAAGGCCUAUAAGGCAACGUGGGGAGACGGCGGAGGCAACUCACCGAGCAAUGUGGUAUCGAAGCAACCAGCCCGAGUCACAAACGGCCAGCCUCAGCAGCCAGCCAGUGGUGCAGCCAGUGGGAGAUACAUUAAACGUAUAACUAAUGACGCCAGAGAAGAUGAGAUGGAAGAAAACCUGACCCAAGUGGGCAAUAUCCUGGGAAAUCUAAAGAACAUGGCCUUGGACAUGGGGAAUGAAAUUGAAGCUCAAAAUCGACAAAUAGACCGGAUCACAGAAAAGGCUGAUACCAACAAAGAUCGUAUUGACAUUGCCAAUACCAGAGCAAAGAAACUCAUUGACAGCUAAAGCUACUGCUGUAUUGCGUUACCAUUUAUUCACUUCUCUAGCUGUUCCUCCUACACCAUUGUCUUUUCAGAGUUGGAAAUUUUGAUCUCACACUGCACUAAUCAGGAGAUAAUGUAGAAGAGGGGCCAGUGUAGUAAUAGCCUCCCUGCUUUAUUUUUUGUUUCCCUUGAGGGUAGACUACUGCCGGCCUUCGCUAGUCUGUUUCUCUUCGUGCUCUUAGAGUGGUUUUCAUCUAGUAGGAAAGGAGAAGCAUCGCCCUCUUCAGGAAGGAAGAACCUCCGCAGGUUCUUUUGCUUUCAAGAUUUGGAAGCACUGCCAAAGACAGCCGUAAAGAAGGCACCUGUGGAAGUAUUUUUUGUUUUUGUUUGUUGACUUUGGUUUGUAGUAGAUGAAAGAAAAGAGAAAAGAGGUUUUUACCUCAGUAAAAAUAAGCAGGCCACAAAAAAACAAAAAGCUGCGUAGCCACAGUAAAGAUCUAGCGAUGUUUAGUUUUUUAUUUAAGUUACAGUUUUUGCCAGUUAAGGAUAAUGCUUGGUUUUGAAACUUUUAUACACAACAUCUUCAUCCUACAUCACCAUUUUGUAACCCCUGCCUCAAAGAGUAGAAUAAAAUGAGGGGUUUUUUUAAUAAAUGCUAUUUUAUCCCACCCCCCCAGGCCCCUUCCCCUCCCUAUAUACAAAAGCCUUGUUUCCAUAAAAUGAAUUCUUUUUCUAAGUAAGCUCAGCUGGGCAUGGUGGCGCAUGCCAGAAAUCCCAACAAUGGAGAGGCUGAGGCAGGAGGAUCACUGCAAGGCCAGCCUGGCUACGUAAUGCGUUCAGGGCAUUUUGAACUCUAGAGAUUCAUGCAUGUACAUAGAUUCUGUGAUUCCCAAUUCAUAUUGCACAUACAGGAACACUUGUACAGACGAGUGGCUUUUUAUUUGCAUUAUUGGUAGUAGUAUCACAGUCCUGUUACAGACCUAUUAUCCACAUAAGCUUGUUACUAGUCUUUGAAGAAAAAAAUGUAAAUAUUUAUGUCUAACACAAGAAUCUCUAAAUCAAGGCUUAACUUCUUUUGGAAAAAUUUAACAGAGUUGCCAGGGAUUUAGCUUAGUGGUUCCGCUGCCUGCCUCGAAAGCGCAAGGUCCCGAGUUCCAUCCCUGGUACCAAAAAAAAAAGAAAAAUUUAACAAAGUGUGUGAAUUCAGAUUUACCUCAGUGCUAAGAAUCAUGUUUAGAUAAGAAACAAAACUGGACCGGGGGUUUAGCUCAGUGGCACCAUGCCUGCCUUGCAAGUACAGGGUCCUGUGUUUGAUUCCUGGUACCAAAAAAAAGGAAACAAUUUUUUUUUUUUUUUUUUUUUUUGGUACCGGGGAUCUGCUUGUGAGGCAAGUGCUGGAACCACUGAGCUAAAUCCCUGGCCUGGAAACAAUUUAUUUUGAUCUCAGGUAGAAAAAUAGAUUUCUUUGAGUUUUAUAUAGCUUUAUAUGUUUAAAAGUUGCAGUGGUAUUCUCUCAUUAAAAGUGAUUUAGAAACUACACCUUUGGUUUAAUUAUUAGUAAUUUUGCUGUUGUUCUCUUAACCUUGUAUAGUGAACUAUGUCCAGAAUUGAGUUUUAUGUAGGUCCCAAACAGUAUUAUGGAGUAUAAUCAGUGUCUGUCCCCUUUCUUUAAAAACUAGCAUCUGCACACUUCCGAGCUGUCAGUGUGGGUUGGUUCCACCAGUAUCCACUGUUUCUUACCAUUAAAUUUUGUAACUAAC